CAGCGCUCAGUAGACAGCAGUCAGCCGCCGCCGGUGCCAGGGCCGGGGCUGCAACUGCAAGUGGAGCUGGAUGCGGAGGAACUGAAGCUGGGCCGGGGCGCAGCGCAGCACAGCGCCGGGGCCGCAAGGAGGGGCGUUUCGCUGCUGGCCCACCGCGAGCCGCCCCCAGCCGGCGCCAGGGCGCCCUUUCUCCAGGCCGUCUGCCUCCGCCUUCCGCCUCCCUCCAUUUCCCCGGAAUCUCAGCCCGGCGCGCCUGCACCUGGGUCCUUCUUUGGGUGGGGAAGCUCCCGGCCGCUCUCUGGUUUCACUCCUUCCUCGCAGCCUGGGCUCUCAGCUCCCUUUCUUCUUUUCCUGGACUGGGUCCCACCCCCUUCGAUCCCCUUCUUUUAGCUCAGGCUCUCUGCUCCUUCCCUUAGCAAGAGUCCCAGCAGCUCAGCCACUUUUCUCAGCAGAGGGUCCCCGCCUUCCCUUUUCCUUUCCUGGGGUCCCCCCCCCCCCAUUCUAUUCCUUCCUCUGUCCCUAGGGUGCCGCCUCUCCCCUCCCCCACCCUCUUUCCCAGGCCUGGAGUUCCAAACCUUUUGGUCUCCUCUUAUGGUCCUAACUAGGUCCUGGUCCCUCUUCCCCGGUUUGGCGUUCUAGAUCGGGAACCCAGCCUUCUUUCCACCUCCAGAGGACUGCUUCCACAAAAACACAUCUCUCAAACAUGAACUUUGUCUAGAGUCUCUCCUGCCCCCUCCUGCUGACCCCUUGGUACCUAUGUCCCAGGUCUUACUCUCAUUUUGCUAAGGGUCGGGGGGGGUGGGUAAGCAGCGGGAUGCUUCUGUGGUCUGGUGCCAGUGGCCUCCCUCCGCCUCGAAUCUUCCCUUCGUUGCUUGUGGUGGUAGCCUUGGUGGGGCUGCUACCCGUUCUCAGAAGCCAUGGCCUCCAGAUCAGCCCUACCGCCAGCACCAUCAGAGGCUCAGAGCCGCCCCGGGAACGCUCAAUUGGGGAUGUCACCACCGCCCCACCGGAGCUCGCCCCCGAGAGCCGCCCUGUUAACCAUUCCUUCGCUGAACACAGCCCAAAGGCUCGAAAGGCCUUUCCAGUCCUGGGCAUCGACUACCAACACGUGCGCACACCCUUCGAAAUCGCCCUCUGGAUCCUACUGGCCUGCCUCAUGAAGAUAGGUUUCCACGUGAUCCCCACCAUCUCGAGCAUCGUCCCGGAGAGCUGCCUGCUGAUUGUGGUGGGGCUGCUGGUGGGGGGUCUGAUCAAGGGCGUGGGCGAGACGCCCCCCAUCCUGCAGUCGGAAGUCUUCUUCCUCUUCCUGCUGCCGCCCAUCAUCCUGGAUGCCGGCUACUUCCUGCCGCUGCGGCAGUUCACGGAGAACCUGGGCACCAUCCUGAUCUUCGCCGUGGUGGGCACGCUGUGGAACGCCUUCUUCCUGGGCGGCCUCAUGUACGCCGUGUGCCUGGUGGGCGGCGAGCAGAUCAACAACAUCGGCCUCCUGGAGAACCUGCUGUUCGGCAGCAUCAUCUCGGCCGUGGACCCCGUGGCCGUGCUGGCCGUCUUCGAGGAGAUUCACAUCAACGAGCUGCUCCACAUCCUUGUGUUUGGGGAGUCCCUGCUCAACGACGCCGUCACUGUGGUCCUGUAUCACCUCUUUGAGGAGUUUGCCAACUACGACCGCGUGGGCAUCGUGGACAUCAUCCUCGGCUUCCUGAGCUUCUUCGUGGUGUCCCUGGGUGGGGUGUUCGUGGGCGUGGUCUACGGGGUCAUUGCAGCCUUCACCUCCCGCUUCACCUCCCACAUCCGCGUCAUCGAGCCGCUCUUCGUCUUCCUCUACAGCUACAUGGCCUACCUGUCGGCCGAGCUCUUCCACCUGUCAGGCAUCAUGGCACUCAUUGCCUCGGGCGUGGUGAUGCGCCCCUACGUGGAGGCCAACAUCUCCCACAAGUCCCACACGACCAUCAAGUAUUUCCUCAAAAUGUGGAGCAGCGUCAGUGAAACCCUCAUCUUUAUCUUCCUGGGCGUCUCCACCGUGGCCGGCUCCCACCACUGGAACUGGACGUUUGUCAUCAGCACCCUGCUCUUCUGCCUCAUCGCCCGAGUGCUGGGCGUGCUGGGCCUGACCUGGUUCAUCAACAAGUUCCGCAUCGUGAAGUUGACCCCCAAGGACCAGUUCAUCAUUGCCUACGGGGGCCUGCGAGGCGCCAUUGCCUUCUCCCUGGGCUACCUCCUGGACAAGAAGCACUUCCCUAUGUGUGACCUGUUCCUCACGGCCAUCAUCACCGUCAUCUUUUUCACCGUCUUUGUGCAGGGCAUGACCAUUCGGCCCCUGGUAGACCUGCUGGCUGUGAAGAAAAAGCAAGAAACGAAGCGUUCUAUCAAUGAGGAGAUCCACACGCAGUUCCUGGACCACCUUCUGACAGGCAUCGAGGACAUCUGUGGUCAUUACGGCCACCACCACUGGAAAGACAAGCUCAACCGGUUUAAUAAGAAGUACGUGAAGAAGUGUCUGAUAGCCGGUGAGCGCUCCAAGGAGCCCCAGCUCAUCGCUUUCUACCACAAGAUGGAGAUGAAGCAAGCUAUCGAGCUGGUGGAAAGUGGGGGCAUGGGCAAGAUCCCCUCGGCCGUCUCCACCGUCUCCAUGCAGAACAUCCACCCCAAGUCCCUGCCGGCCGAGCGCAUCCUGCCAGCACUGUCCAAGGACAAGGAAGAGGAGAUCCGCAAAAUCCUGAGGAACAACUUGCAGAAGACCAGGCAGCGGCUGCGGUCCUACAACAGACACACGCUGGUGGCCGACCCCUACGAGGAGGCCUGGAACCAGAUGCUGCUCCGGAGACAGAAGGCCAGGCAACUGGAGCAGAAGAUCAGCAACUACCUGACCGUGCCGGCCCACAAGCUGGACUCGCCCACCAUGUCGCGGGCCCGCAUCGGCUCAGACCCGCUGGCCUAUGAGCCCAAGGCCGACUUGCCUGUGAUCACCAUCGACCCGGCCUCCCCGCAGUCGCCUGAGUCUGUGGACCUGGUGAACGAGGAGCUGAAGGGCAAGGUCCUGGGGCUGAGCCGGGAUCCGGGGAGGCUGGCUGAGGAGGAGGAGGACGACGAGGACCCCGAUGGGGGCCUUACGAUGCGGACCAAGGAGCCCUCAUCCCCGGGCACCGACGAUGUCUUCACCCCGGCACCGAGCGACAGCCCCAGCUCUCAGAGGAUACAGCGCUGCCUCAGUGACCCAGGCCCCCACCCCGAGCCUGGGGAGGGAGAGCCUUUCAUCCCCAAGGGCCAGUAGCACGGGGGGCCAGCGGGCGGUGCCCUCCCGCCACGGACUCUCCCACCAGAGCCGGGGCUGCUGGCGGGGGGCGGGGGCGGGGUUCCCCUCCUCCUUCCCGACCUGGACUAGCCCCGGCCCUCCCCCACCGCAUGGCAGCUGGGCCCACAGCCCCCACCGCAGCACGGCUUCCCCUUGCCUCCCGGGAAGCGCCCUCCCUCCCCCCAGAACUGCCUUCCAGAUCCAUCCAUCGGAGGUGGACCUGCCUGGCUGUGAGGCAAACCCUGCCCCCUCCCAAGCCAAGCUCUCUCCCUACGAGGACCAGGGCCUCUGAGUCCCCUAGACCUCCGCGGGGCUCCUCCCAUUCCGUCACCCUACUCAUUCAAGUCAAUCUUAAUUUCUAACCAAAGAGCCUCUGGCUCAGCCUUGGUCCCUCCUGGGAAGGGAAGGAGCAGGGGCCUCCAUUAACAGGGAAGAGACUAGGGGACCAGGCGUUGGACUUGGGGAGAGGUCGGGAACCGUGGCCAUGCCGUCCCCCUGCCGGCUCUUACCCUGGCCACCUCACCUGACCUGUCCUUACUCAGAGGACUCAGCUUCUCCAAACCGGGCUCCAGCGGGGACCACUGGGCCCUUCAGGGGCUACUGAUCGGAGCUCCGGAGAGUGCUGCCUUUUUAUCUGUUUUGUUUGUUCACACUUCCAUGUACGAUUCUAUUUGCACAGAGGGCAUUCCUGUUUUUAAAACAUUUUUGAAACCUCUGCCUGAACAGAACUCCCGCCAUCCUACUCCAGAGCACCACGCAUCCGCAUACGUGCCUGUCUGCCCAACACUUCCCCAAAUCAGUCCUCUGUCCACAGGGCUCUGAUUUCAGAAAUGACCUCACCACCCCCCACGCCCAACACACACACACACACACACACACACGCGGACACCCCAAUCGUGACUUUCUCUAACUCAUAGAUGCUGGGCCUCCUGGGACCUUCUUCUGGGCCUGGCCCUCAGCUCCUGCUGGCCUGUUCUCUCUCCUCCCCCUCCCCACCCCCGUUGGCCCCUGGAACCUCUCUCGUAAGCACUGCACUCAGCUUGCUGUAGAGCCCUGUCCUCGGGGGGCGGGGGUGUCCCCUGAGCAUCUCCCACUGGCCAGGGCUGGUGGGUGAGCGGAGCCCUGGCCCCAGAGGCCUUUGCUCUCAGAAAUACAUGCCUACUCCCAUGGCCGCCAUGGGCCCAGCCCAGGCCUAGUGAUCUCUGUCCUUCUCUCUAGGGUACUCCUUUCCCCAGGAUCGUGCAAUAGUCAGAGCAUCCCCUCCCCAGUGGCCUGGACAGAGGGUGCUCAUCUCCCCCUCCUCUCCAUGAAAGUGCUGUUUUGGGCGGGAGUCACCAUGCAAGGCUGACGUUGACAACCGUGUUCAAAGCCUCCACAGCUGCUGCCGCUCUGCCGCCUGUACAGAAGAAACCGAAUCUUUUUCAUAUUCUAAUAAAUCCGUGUGAGUUUUUGAUAGA